AAGCGCAAGCUGACGAGGCACGCUGUUCUCUUCAAGAAGCUGCGGCCGAUUCAUAUGAGCGGUGACGAGACAGACGGGCCGGUCAAGCUGCAUCCUGGCGCGUAUCGGAUCGUGGACGCACGCUGGCAAAGCCUUGAGUUGAAGACCUUCCUGCGAGCGUUGGACGCGAUGUAUCGCGAGGACUGGGCGAUGCCCGUCGGCGCGCGGGCCACAAGUGGAAAUCCGCCCCGCCACCGCACUGAGCAGGAUGCUCGGACGGAAGAAGGGAUCGCUCCUGUGGGCAUGUGGCGUAACUGCUAUGAUGAGGGUUGGUUGAAUUCUCUAAAGGCCCACGUUCUAGACUCGUUGCGGGUCAUCGACGAAGAUUAUGAUUUUAAUUUGAAAGGCACUGACUCUUAG